AGACUGGAAGAAAAGAUACCGCAUUGAAACAAACAGAAAAUUUACUUAUCCGUUCAAAAUUUGAAUAAAGUUUUGUGGGAAGAAUGAGGAGAGUCUCAGUUGUUGGAAAUUUAACACCCGUCAUCAAAUUUCUUAAACGUACAUUUACGACAAAAGUACCGCACUGCAAUGAUCCGGCAUGCAUGGUUGUCUCUUCGGAAAAUGCAUCUUUAAGUCACAAAAUAAAAACUGCCAAAAAGAAUCAAUUUGAAUUUACAGAAGAAGAUUUCAAGAUUGUUGAAAACAUUGAGGAUCCCUAUUGUCUUCCUAACAAACCAGUUAAAAUUUCCUAUCAGGAUGUUACGUCUGCGGCUUUUAUGAUAAAAGAUGGCGUAGAAAAAACUCCUUGUAAGAGAUCCCAUUUGUCGGAGAUGACUGGAAUGGAGAUUUACCUCAAGCAGGAAUUCCUUCAAUUCACAGGAUGUUUCAAGGAGCGUGGAGCAUGUUAUGCACUUCUUAUGCUUUCGGACGAUGAGAAGAAGCGUGGUGUUAUUGCAGCAUCUUUAGGAAACUAUUCUCAGGGUAUAUGCUAUCAUGCUACUCGUCUUGGAAUACCUGUAACGGUGGUAAUGCCCACAGUAGCCUCUAUCAUGAAGAUCCAGAAGUGUCGUAAUUUUGGGGCUAAUGUGAUUCUAAGGGGAAAAAAUAUGUCAGAGGCUAAGAUGGUAGCCAUGACCAUUGCAAAGAAACAUGGCUUCGUUUUCAUCAACGGCUACGAUCAUCCCCAUAUCAUAGCUGGUCAGGGAUCAAUUGGACUGGAAAUUAUUGAACAGAUCGGCCAGCCGGAUGCUGUUGUUGUGCCCAUUGGGGGAGGUGGAUUAAUUGCUGGUGUGGCAGCGGUUAUGAAAACCAUCUCGCCGCAAACCAAGAUUAUUGGUGUUGAGUCGGACAAAUGCCCCAGUUUUUCACGAGCCUUGGAAAAUGGGAAACCUGUAGAAGUACCUUGUCAAGCCACCCUUGCAGAUGGUUUGGCGGUACCAACUGUUGGCCACAACGUUUUUGCUACAAUUACUCCAUUGCUGGACAAGAUGGUUGUGGUUCGAGAAGAAUGGAUUGCACUAGCAAUUUUGCGUCUAGUGGAGCGGGAGAAGUGUGUUGUUGAAGGAGCUGGCGCUGCAGGAUUGGGAGCGAUCUUAUCGGGACAUCUUGAUGAGUUAAAAGGCAAAAAAGUGGUUCUCAUACUGUCUGGCGGGAACUUGGAUUCUACAGUUCUAGGACGAUGUUUAGAACGCGGAAUGGCUGCUGAAGGACGUCUUUUGAAUUUUGUAGUCACCAUAAGUGAUCGUCCAGGAGGCCUUGCUGAUAUUUGUCAGGAAUUGGCGACGUUGGGAGUCUCCGUAAAAGACAUUGUCCACGAAAGAGCCUGGCUUCAUGAUGUCUACGAAGCUCAGGUUAAGAUAGUGUGUGAAACUAGUGAUUGGGCACAAUCUCAAGAACUUAAAAAAAUUCUCUCUGAAAAAUACAACAAUGUAAUCUUCAGCGAUACGCCCAUGGCAAUUGUUGAAUAAAUUUAUUGGAAAAAAUCUUAGAAA